AUGUCCAAGGAGGGGCCGGUGAUGAGACUCUUUGACUUAGAGAGAGAAGAUAAAGUCCAGCACAGUUCCGAGAAGGGGACAGAAGGAAAGAUUGCAGUUCUUGAAAAGCAUGUGAAGAAAAGGACUUCAGUAACAUUAGCUGAAGAUGAGGGGGGUGAAGUACAGAGUAUGCUGUCAACACUUGGAGCUGACAUUGACAAGACUUUAACUGCCAAGAGAAAAAGACUAGAAAUGUAUACCAAAGCUUCUCUCAGAACCAGUAAACAAAAAAUUGAAAAUAUUUGGAAAGUAGAACAAGAGGAAAGGCAGAAACUUAGCCAAGAAUAUUAUCAACAAUUUCAGACUUUAUUUCAGCAGUGGGAUACAGAAAUGCAAAAGGCUGAGGAACAAGAACAACUAACUAAUUUGUUUCAACAGCAACAAAAGAUUUUUCAACAAACUCGAAUUGUUCAGAGCCAAAGACUGAAAACACUUAAACAAUUAUAUGACCAAUUUAUAAAGAAUAUGGAGGAAAUGGAGAAGAAUCAUGAUGGUCUACUUACUGGUGCACAUAAUGAACUUAAAAAAGAAAUGGCUAUGUUACAAAAACAAAUCAUGAUGGAAACUCAGCAGCAAGAGAUGGCAAGUGUUCGAAAGUCUCUUCAAUCCAUGCUAUUCUGA